CUCCAAGUUAGAAAAACGCUUUUACGAGGUAUCAGCACUUUUCUUUCAUUGGGGGAAGGCGUGAGGAAAGUACCAAACAGCAGCAGACGUUUAAACUUUAAAUAGACAGGUCCGAGAGCCUAAAGCUCUCCUUUGCUUUGACUUCGGCCUCCAAGGAGCCUCACCGCUUUGGCGCGCCGGCUUCGCUUUCAUUAAGCGAAAGAGAGGUGCCCAAACAUGGGUGACUGGAGCGCCUUGGGGAAGCUUCUGGACAAGGUCCAAGCCUACUCCACGGCUGGGGGGAAGGUGUGGCUGUCUGUGCUCUUCAUUUUCAGAAUCCUGCUGCUGGGGACCGCGGUGGAGUCAGCGUGGGGUGACGAGCAGUCCGCCUUUCGCUGCAACACUCAGCAACCGGGUUGCGAAAAUGUCUGCUACGACAAGUCCUUCCCCAUCUCUCACGUGCGCUUCUGGGUCCUUCAGAUCAUAUUCGUGUCCGUGCCCACGCUCCUGUACUUGGCUCACGUGUUCUACGUGAUGAGGAAGGAGGAGAAACUGAACAAGAAGGAGGAGGAGCUCAAAGUGGCCCAGACGGACGGCGCCAACGUGGACAUGCACCUGAAGCAGAUCGAAAUCAAGAAGUUCAAGUACGGCAUCGAAGAGCACGGCAAGGUGAAGAUGAGGGGCGGCCUGCUGAGAACCUACAUCAUCAGCAUCCUCUUCAAGUCUGUCUUCGAGGUGGCCUUCCUCCUGAUCCAGUGGUACAUCUAUGGCUUCAGCCUGAGUGCCGUCUACACCUGCAAAAGAGAUCCCUGCCCCCACCAGGUGGACUGCUUCCUCUCGCGCCCCACGGAGAAAACCAUCUUCAUCAUCUUCAUGCUGGUGGUGUCCUUGGUGUCCCUCGCCCUGAAUAUCAUCGAACUCUUCUAUGUCUUCUUCAAGGGCGUCAAGGAUCGCGUGAAGGGGAGGAGCGAUCCUUACCACGCCACCACCGGCCCACUGAGCCCCUCCAAGGACUGCGGCUCCCCCAAGUACGCUUACUUCAAUGGCUGCUCCUCACCCACAGCCCCGCUCUCGCCCAUGUCUCCCCCUGGGUACAAGCUCGUUACUGGUGAUAGAAACAACUCCUCCUGCCGCAAUUACAACAAGCAAGCCAGCGAGCAAAAUUGGGCUAAUUACAGUGCCGAGCAAAAUCGGAUGGGGCAGGCCGGAAGCACCAUCUCCAACUCCCACGCCCAGCCUUUUGAUUUCCCCGAUGACAACCAGAACGCCAAAAAGAUGGCCGCUGGACAUGAACUCCAGCCGCUGGCCAUUGUGGACCAGCGACCCUCCAGCAGAGCCAGCAGCCGCGCCAGCAGCCGACCUCGGCCCGAUGACCUGGAGAUCUAGAGAGAGAGAGGCUUGAGCAUCAAAGAUGAUGCCACUCGAUUGUGGAGGAGAAAAAAGGGGUGCUUACAGAAAGUAUACCUGGGGUGUUCAUUUUUGUUCCCAUGGAGGUGGUACUCAACAGCCUCAGCGAUGAGGCGUAGAAAAACAAAGACAUUACAAUACCUAGGUUCCUUGGGGGGUGUUCGGGAUAGCUGGGUGGCACAGGUGGGGGAUAAGGGAGGUACAUAUUGGUAAUUUAAUGUAGUUGAUUCGAAGAACUUCAAUUCUAGUAAGAGUCACAUUGGGUGAAUAUAGAUAGGUAAGGGCUUUCUCUCUACCCCCCCCCCCAACCGAACCUUAAGAAUGGUUCUGUACAUGUGAGUGAGUGGGUGAUUUUUUUUAUUUUUUAUUUUUUUGUUUUAUCGGGAAACUGAAAUAGCUUUUGGCCAGGAACCCAUACUUCCUCAGCAACGAGUUUUCUUUAUGAAAUGAUAGGUUGUCCUAUGUCCCUGCUAAAACAUUCCAGUGUCAAAAACUUGUGGUUUUGCAGAAAAGCAUUCUAGGCCUGACCCUUCGGGUGUGGGUGGACCUUGUGCUACCAUUCUUAAUUCUCAUUCUUAGUAUCAAUUCAAGUUCAGAUGAGGCUCAAAGAAAAAGUCGCCCAUGGCAAUUACAUCCCCAUGGGUUCUUUUUCACAUCUGUCCCACCUUGUGUGGUGUUACCAUAGAGCCCAUACAUCAUCCUCAGCUGUCCCUUAACAUUCACCAAAUGGUUUCUGUCAACAUUUCCAAUACGGUCAUAAUGUCAUUUAAGCGGUUUCUUUUCAAGUUAGAAUCAGGGAAGCAAGCCAUGCUCAAUAUUUAACAAUUCAUUUCUACGUGUGGGUGUGCAUGUGUGUAAGAGUGUUUUUUAUUUGUCAUUAUUGGUACAAGCAGAGGCAGUACAAACUCACAAAUGCAGAUUUGAAUCUAAUGCACACGGUGUUCAAAUUUGAACCUUCCUCAUGGAUUUUCGUGGUGUGGGCCAAUAUGGUGUUUACAUUAUAGAAUUCCUGCUGUGCGAGAAAAGCACACUUUUUCCCUAAAAUUUUUUUUUUUCCUCCAUGUGUCCUAUUAUGGAUACUGGUUUUGUUAAUUAUGUUUCCCCCCCUUCUUUUUAGAAUGUAGCAGUAAUGCCAUUACUGAAAUGAAUGAUUUCCUUUCUCUGAAAUAUAAUCAUUGAUGCUUGAAUGAUAGAAUUUUAGUACUGUAAACAGGCUUUAGUCAUUAAUGUGAGAGACUUAGAAAAAGAAAUGCUUAGAGUGGACUAUUAAAUGUGCCUAAAGGAAUUUUGUAGUAACUGGUAAUUUGAUUUUUGUCCUACUUAACUACACAUUAAUUCAGAACUUGUCUUCUGAGUUUAACAGCCUUUUAUAGCGACGAGUAACUUCGAUGUGUGUGCUAAGAUUUUAUUUCAAAUACAAGAGGGCCUGAAGGGCGUUACAGCAGUGCACAUGUAACUAAUUUAUUUGAACUAUAUGCUAAAGACAUCUACCAGUUUCUUCAAAUGCCUUUUUUAAAAACGCGUUACAUAUGAUUGGUGAAAUGUUGAGUAUCAUAUUUUUCCUAUUGCACGUGGGCUACAUAAAUGGUUUUGUACAAUGAAAAACUAAUGUGUUUGACAUUCCAUGUUAAACUACUGUCAUGUUCAGCUUCAUUGCAUGUAAUGUAGACCUAGUCCACCCAAUCAUGUGCUCGGGAGAGUGUUCUUUAUUCAAUAAAGUUUUAAUUUAGUAUAAAGA